AUGGCUGAACGGCAGAUGAUGCGCAUCGGGACAUUCCUGGCCGGGACAGGCUCCAACAUGGCCUCGUGGCGGCAUCCCACCGCCGUGCUCGACGCCGCUAUCAACCUAGAUUACUACCGGGACCUGACGCGGAGGGCGGAGGAGGCCAAGCUGGACUUUGCCUUCUUCGGGGACGGGCUGUACAUCAGCGAGAAGUCGCACCCCAACUUUCUGAACCGCUUCGAGCCGCUGACGCUUCUGGCCGCGCUGGCCAUGGAGACGACGCACAUCGGGUUGGCGGCUACGCUUUCCACGACCUACAGCGAUCCCUUCACCGUGGCGCGGCAGUUCAUGUCCAUCGACCACAUUUCCGGCGGUCGGGCCGGCUGGAACGUGGUGACGUCUCCGCUGGAGGGCUCGGCAGCGAACUACAGCAGGCCGGAGCACCCAGCGCACGACCUGCGCUACAAGAUGGCGGCGGAGUACAUCGAAAUCGCCAAAGGCCUUUGGGAUUCAUGGGAGAACGACGCGUUCAUCCGGGACCAGGCCAGAGGGGAGUUCAUCGAUCCGGACAAGAUGCACCGGCUCGACCACGUCGGGGAGUUCUUCUCGGUGCAGGGGCCGCUGAACAUCUCGCGCUCGCCGCAGGGGAGGCCGGUGCUGAUCCAGGCAGGGUCUUCGGAGGCGGGACGCGGGUUCGCGGCGACCAUCGCCGACGCGGUGUUUACGGGGCAGGCGACGCGGGCGGACGCUGAGGCGUUCAGCGCGGACGUCAAGGGCCGGGCGGCGGCGGCAGGGCGCAACCCGGGGGAGGUGCUGAUCCUGCCGGGGUGCUCGCCCAUCGUGGGACGAACGCCGGAGGAGGCGGAGGAGAAGUACCUGGAAAUCGCGGGGCUGGUGGAGAUCAACCAGGCGCUGAACUACAUGGGCCGGUUCUUCAACGACCUGGACUUCACGCAGUAUGACCUGGACGCGCCGUUCCCGGAACUGGGGGACUUUGGCCGGAACGGAUGGGAGAGCUCGACGGACAGCAUCAAGAAAACGGCGCGGGAGAAGGAGCUGUCGCUUCGGGAGAUGGCGUUGCAGGUAAGUACAGGUCGCCACGAGUUCAUCGGGACGGCGGAGCAGGUGGCGGACAGGAUGCAGGACUGGUUCGAGUCGGGGGCGUGCGACGGGUUCAUGCUGAGCGGGGCGGUGCUGCCACAGGGGUUCAACGACUUCGUGGACGAGGUCCUGCCCCUCCUGAAAGAGCGCGGCGUGUUCCGGACGGAGUACGAGUCAGAUACGCUGCGGGGCAACCUGGGGCUGCCGAUACCGGAGAACCGCUACACCGCCGCACGGAAUGCCGGGGCGGGCCGAUAG